AUGUUUGAGGGCUUCAUGAGCCAUGCAACCGAGACUGAUAUGCUGCAUGCGGCAAAGGAUAGACCAAUUGUUGCACUAAAUGUUACGUCGCACCGCUGCGACGCAUUGGUGAUUCAGGCGGACAAGAUAUCUAGUCUUGAACUGCCCAACCUCGAUAUCCAAUCCAUCCAAGCCCGCAGCUCAGAUCCACAGUCGGUCGAGACGCUCAGCUGGCUCUGGGACACCACCGUCCUACCUGUGUUGGACUCCCUCGGCUACCAUGGUCCCCCCGCUGGCACUGGCAACUCAGGCUCCAUGCCACACAUUUGGUGGAUUCCCACCGGUUCACUGAUCGGAUUUCCCUUGCACGCUGCGGGCCAUCAUCUCCGCCGCAAUUCCGAGACAGCCCUUGACAGGGUUGUGUCCUCGUACAGCCUGUCCGUCAACGUUCUCAUCCGUACCAGACAACAGCGUCGUGACCACCUAGCUGGCACACUGCGGUCGCAAAAGGCCCUCAUAGUUUCCGCACCGAGGCCACCGGGUCAGCAGGCACUCCACCACGCCGAAGAUGAGGCCAAGGCCGGCGUUCAUGAUAUAGUCAAGAGACUCAAGUCAUGCUGCAUCUUACACUUUAUAGGACAUGGUAAAACCGACAAACAAGAUCCCUUCGGAAGCGCUCUAAUCCUCGACAGCGGCGACGAGCUGGCCAUUAACGAGCUGGUCGAGACCGUGCUCUCCAACCCUCCGUUCCUGGCCUACUUGUCCGCUUGCGGUACAGGCCGUGUAGGGAAUGAGACUGCGACGGAUGAGCUACCUCUCGCUGCCGCAUUCCAAGUUGCCGGGUUUUGA